AUGAUUUUUCUGAUGUUGUGUUUCACCAAUUUGGGGAUGGUUUUGGGUCAUAGCCACAUGAACGGGUUUGGGGAACAGCCACUGGCGAAGAUAGCGAUACACAAAACCGUUUUGGCUCUUCACAGUUCCGCUUCCAUCACUGCAGUACCGUUUGUGCUGGGAAUUAAGGGCGAAGAUACUGAACGGGUGACUGUAGAACUUGAGUCUCCAAAACCAUCUGUUGAUGACUGGGUUGGAGUUUUCUCUCCAGCAAACUUCAAUUCAGCGCUUGCUUCUCUCCCAGCUUUGGUGACUGUUGAAGAAAAGCAUGCAGUUGCUGAAAUGCAGUCCCUCACCUGCUUCAAGCUCUGA